CCGAAACCGGUAUAAUAUUAUUCCUAUAUCCGAAACUACAUAUCCAUAACAUCCCUACUCUGUACAACCAGUGCAACUCGGUACCAUAAUGGCCGUUCACCUCACCUUUAAAAUUGACUGUCUUGAUCGUGACGGAACAACGUAUUGACUUUGGAUUCAGUUAGUUCAUUUCGUCUAUUCAGGCUACUGUUUUACAUUUACAUUUACAUUAAAUUUAGUAUACAUAUAAAAGCCGUAGCAUAUAAAAUACAAUCAAAUACAGUUUUAAUGGUUCUGAUUUAUCUACCAGCACUUCAGUAGUCGUGUUUGGGCAGACACUCGUGUAGCACAUAGCAUUAAAACGGAAGAUGGCAGUACAAUUUAAGUUUCUUGUAGUUUUAGUCUUGGUUUUCUACACCAAUUCAGCAUCAUGCGACGAAAGCCCAUGCGCAGACGGCGAAACUUUAUCCAGCUGCGCACCAGUGGGAUGUGACGCAGAAUACUGUCCAUUAUCAGAAUACGCUCCGCAAACAUGUCCAGAACCCAUAGAAUGUUUACCGGGGUGUGUCUGCGGGUUUAACCGUCACCGUGAUAGGAUCACCGACGAAUGUAUUCUAACUGCAGAUUGCCCUCCGUUUCCUUGUGUAGGCCCAAAUGAAAACUACGACGCGUGCCCACCUGUGUGCCCUGGGGAGACCUGUACUGACUUUUUGAACAAUGCGACAUGCCCAAAAUAUCAUAUCGGCAUCGUGGUACCAUGUAAGCCAGCGUGUAGGUGCGAUAAAGGUUAUUACCGGGAUCCUACAGGUAUAUGCGUAAACAGUGCGGAAUGUACUUUGUAAAUGUAUAAAAUAUGAUUUGCAAUAAAGAUGACUGUUGUAUUUUUAUGUUAUUUGUGAAUUAAACAAAAGUUUACCUAUUGAAAGAAUAUAAUAUUAUAUUAUACGUUA